UGUUUUGUACGUUCUACAUUCUGAUCUGCGGAUCAGCUGGAGGCAGCAAUAAACAGAGGAAAUUCUGCAGCGGAAGAAAGAAAAACAGGAAAGGAAGUAGGAAAAGCUGCAGAUGUUAUGAUCUGAGAACAUCGGUGUAAUUUUUUAUUACACGAAGCCCUUCUUCUAAGAAGAACGCCUUUUAUUUUUUUUUAUAAUAGUGUUUUAGCUACCUCACCUAAAGGCUACCUAAAGCUAUGCUUUAAGAGUUGUCGUUUCUACUGUGUGUGAGAUCUCGUUUACAACUUGAAUAAUACACUUCAAAGGCUGGCCUUUGUUCCAAACCAAGUGAAACCUUACAUUUGCACUACAGAAGCCUGCUUGGUCCUGUUUGUAAAAUCCAAGAUCAAGCACAGGGCUUUGAGUGGAAACAAGGAAAUCAGGCAAAGAACAGCAUUAAACUAUUACAUAUAAAUAAAGAGACAAAAAAGGGGGCAGCUAUAGCUUUUUCUUCAUAGACAACUGACCACACCAGUCAUCAAAACUUGACAAUACAGGAAGCAAUGUUUCAGCGUCUUAGCAACCUGCUGUUUGGGGAGGUAGAGGAGGUGGCAGCAGAGCUGAAGGGACCCAAUCCAUGUGUGACGGAGGCAGACGAGGAGGGAUGGAUGCUCGUCAACCUGACUGGAGAACCUGAAUGCAUGAUGCAGGCAGAGGAUGAGACGGGAGCUCAAAAGAUUGCACAAUCAUUUCCCAACAGUAACUCACCAGAUCACCAAAGGUCACAAACCAGGACUGAGUGCCUAGACCAUAUUCCCCACCCACCUCUCAAGCGUCGUAGAACACAUAAAGGUCGUACACGAGGUGCGGUAGCAUCAUCAGACCCCCUGUCUGGUCCAGACACUAGCCCGAUAGGUGCCACAACACCCGUGAGCCAACUGAGACGGGCCAGACUAUCCAAACCCUCCUCCACCCCAUCGAUGUCCCCUGGGUCUGGGAGUGAGUGCGGGGGCAGUGGGGAAACAAGUAGGGCAGGGUCGGAAAGGGGCUGCAUGGAUGAGAGCUGGUUUGUCACCCCUCCCCCCUGUUUUACUGCAGAGGGAGCCACAGCAGAGGCCAGCCCCAUGGAAGACCUGCUCAUAGAGCACCCCAGCAUGUCCGUGUACGUCUCCCCAAACAAUCUGUCCAUCAUCUCCAACAGCAAUCUGUCCGUGGUGGGGGAAGAAAGUCUUCUCAGCCUGGCUAGCAGUGUGAGAGGGCCUGAAUCACCUGCUACCCCUGCGGCCCACAGCACUAUGCCCACCAGAGUGAGCCGCGGAGCUGCUGCCCAGGCUGAUAGUCUGGCCAAGGUCACCCAAGUGGCCAGGGUCCAGCGUUACAAAGCUCGUAUGGAGCGGCGCCACCUGAGCCGCAACCACAUCCAGCGCCAAAACCGCACGAGGGAGCAGGUCCCUCGCCAUGCAGCUCACGCCAGAAACACCUUUCUUCACCAGCCCAGCAAGCGCAACUUUUGUCACUAAGCUCCAAAUUGACCAGGGGGCUUUGUUUACUCUGGAGGCAUUAAUGCUGCAGUAAAAAAUAUGUCAUUUCUUGACUAAUAGCAUAUUUUAUUUGUUCUGUUCAAGUCUGUUGUUUUUGGAGCUCCAUAGUCUUUCUGUUUAAACACCAACUGACUCUGCUUGGUAGUUUUUGAUCCUCUGCUGUUGUGAACCAGGUCUUAGUAGAAUAAUGCAGGCAUUAAAUAUCCAGAGCCGUCAGGUUAAAUAAUAAUAAUCAUAAUAAUAAUAAUAAUGCAUGAAAACCUACAAAAGUUAUUUUAUUUUCACACAUUUUCAAGGUGUAAUGCUUCAUAAUACUGAGUUAAUUUAAGACAAACCAGAUGCGUCAAGUAAAGGCUCUAUAACAUAUUCACCAUAAUAAUGAACUAUUUCAUUGUCUUUAAGGCUUUAAUGUUUGAUUUACCAACGAGAAUAGUUAAAGGAAAUAAGAAACAUCCUGUUUCAACAGAGGAUGUGUUUUGAGAUUUUUCAUCUGUGUCUUUGUGAUGGGUAACAGCAUGUAGAAGACGGACAUUGUAUGUGCAAAAUUGAGUAAAGAGUAAAGGAAACAAGACAAGGUGGCUCUGAAUGUUGGAGGAAUAAGAAAUGGUCAGGGGGAAGCUUAGCAUAACGUUUGAGUUAGUCAGCAUGGCAGGUUCUGGUGUUGGGCUAAAGAGAUAGAUUGAUGGCAGCUCUUUAUUUUGUUUUGUUACCAUUACUUUGUCCUCUGUUAUAUUUUAAAAUGGUGCUUUUUGGGGGGAGGUAUUUUAUGUAUUUUAAUUAUUUGCAUAGUUUUUGUCUGUUCCUGUCUAAUGCACAGAUUUGGCUUUUACAGACAAAAACAAAUAAGUUCCAACUUUCAUUUUUAGCCACAGUGUGGUGCUGUGUUCCUACAUUAUCCAAAUAAAUGUCAAGAAUGAAAAAAAUAAUAAAGAAGACAAAUAUUUAGAGAAAAGUAAGUGCUUAUCUUCUUAAUGCCUCAGAGCAAACAUCUCACCCAUCACUGCUUCCAUCCUCCUGCUGAAGGGCGUGCAACACUCAAUCCAACAUUCACCCAAUAAACAUCCAGCCCUUGUCAUUAUUAGCACAUCCAGAUCUAAUAAUGUCCACUUUAGAGAUCUAGCUAGCGGAUAUGUAUUCAACAACAAUAGUAAACAAUGGUGCUCAAGUGUAUACUAAUGUUUGUAAAAAUGAUCUGAGACAUGGAUGUCAGUUUGCACUGUCGAAUAUUUUGUGAGUCAAAGUUUAAGCAGUUCUUCAUUUUUUGUCUUUUUUGUGAUUUUUUUCCCUCCAUUUUUGUUUUGAUCCUGACUGUGUGUGGGAAGGUGUACCGAUGAGUUAAAUGCUACGAACUCCUAUGUGGAGUGGGGGAAAAAAAAGAAAAACAUGAAUGCUUGUCUUUUAUUUUCUCUUGUAAAUAUAAGAAACCGAUUUAUGAUGCUCCGUUAGAUGUCAAAGCCUCUCAGGACUCGAGUCCAUAACGUUAUGUCUGGUGGAACUGAUGAAAACUUCACCUCAGUGCUCAUUUUCCAACCAUGGAAGUGGUGUCAUUACCCCAGUCAGUUUCAUAAUAAGUAUAAAAACAGCACCAGACUCAGAGUUGAUGUGCCACAGGAAAACACUGCCCUCUAGAGGGUCCAGCACCGGCUGCAUCUAACGUCACAGAUGGUGCGUUUAAAACUCUCUCUGGAUUCCCAAUAACAGUGUCUGACAUUAUUAAUUUCUCCUUUAUUCCUCUUUUUUCCUGUCUGACAGUAAUACUUUAAAUGGAAAAAGUAUGUGCACUCAAUGCGUGUUAAUUUAUGAUAAAACACCAAUAAUAUCCUGUUUUUGUUUGUUUUGAAGAUGAAUAUCAUAUAUCCUGUCGAAUGAUCUUGUGCUGGGUAUCUGAGGUGACACACACACACACACACACACACAGAAAGCAUUUGUUUAGGAAUUUAAACUCUUCCAAUGCUUGCUAUUGAAGGUGCCUCAGGAUGAGAAAAAUGUUUGUGUGUUUGGAAAAACAGCAUGUAUGGUGUCAUAAUGAGAGGUCAAAGGUGAAUGUGUGUAAAAGAAAAAUAUAUGUCACCACAGACAAAACUGCGGUCUAAAUCCUUUUUUAAACUUAUUUACACCAUCCAAAUGCCAAAUAUUUUAAUGUUUUUAUUUAUUAUCAAUACAGGGAGUUAAUAUUUUUGAAGUGUGUUUUUAUGAAAAUGAUAUGAAGAAUUAACAUCUUGCCUGUUAUGAAUAGCUUUUUAAGCAGCAUCAAUUUUAAGGAGACAAAGAUUAGUUCCACUGGAUUGAUAGCUAAAGGCUAGUCAGUUCUGUUGCCAACUCUAAUCUCGUAAUUGGUCGAUAUGAACACUUUUCAUAUACUUUUAUAUUAAAGUUAUCAGGUUUUCAGCAAAUCUGGCUGCUGAGCUAAUGGUCCGUAAUACUUCCUGUUCAACUGAAAUGCUUACAGUCAGAAUCUCAUUUUUUUCUCUGCCCAGUUAGUAAUGUAAUGAACAACUGACUCAAAAAAAAAAAAAAGAUUUUGGACUACUAUUGAAUUUUUGAGGUUGGAGCAUAAACCCACGUUGGAAUAGGUCCUGGUGUGAUUAGCCGUUAGCUUGUCUGUCUAAUUGGCUGCUCAAAGAGCUGUCUGCAACAGGUUAGAUUUUAUUUGUUCAUAACUAUUCCACAAAAACCCAAUUCAAAACAUUUCCACUAUCGUUUAAAGGUGCAGUUUUCAGAGGGAAGGCCAUCCCAGUCUGGAACGGUGUCACCUGGCAUGUGUGACAGAGGGGAUGAAAGCAAGGGCCAAAUGAGGCAGGAGAUAAAUAGUUUCCAUAAAUAAAAGAGAAAUGUAUUAUAAAUAUUCUAUAUAACUGCUUGUAUUUUUCCACAUAUAUAUUAGAAGAGUAUUUCAACUAAAGGCAUUGAAUUCUGAA